AUGAGUUUUUUGCUGGUGAAUAGUGUUGCAUUACAUGGCGAUCACUGCCCCAUCUGCCAACGUGUGGAGGAGGAGUUACACAAACUCUCACAUGCUCUUAACUGCUCCAUUCAGGGUGCACAGCAUUAUGGCCAGUGCAAGAACACAGAGAGUUUUGCCCCAACAGCACCUGUUCUGCUACAGCAUUACCCUCUGUAUAGAGUGAGUGAUGCUAUGUGUACAGGUGUAGAUGCAACCCCACUGGAUGAUCGGUACCAGCUAUUUCAGGAGCGUUAUGAUGUUUUAUCUAAGAAUGCCUCCAAAAAGCUCUUGUGGUGGUUCAAGCCCCGCCUAAUCCUGAGUGGCCACACUCACCAUGGCUGUGAGGUACUGCAUGAAAACCUCUAUCCUGAGAUCAGUGUCCCGUCCUUCAGCUGGAGAAACCGCAACAACCCCAGCUUCAUCCUGGGCACAUUCUCCAGGUCUGACUUCCGGUUGUCAAAGUGUUUUUUGCCGGAGGAGAGGAGCGUGUUAGCACUUUACUGCAGCAGCUGUCUGAUCAUUGCACUGAUAACACUCAGCCAAAUGAAGAUGUUCAGAAGAUCACUGCAUAUGCUAAAUAGCCUUCUAAGAAAGCACAAGACUUUGUAACAUGCACGAAAGGCAUGUGAGAGUUAUGUUUGUAUAACAAUGUAACCAAAUGAUAACAAUGUAUCAUUGUUAAUGAUAACAAAAGUUUAACAGGAAGCCCUGAGUUCAAGUGCACAGAAACAAGAAAAUGUUGAAAAUCAAUGAUUUUACUGGUUUGGAUGUUCUCAGUGUCUUCGUUUUCUGGUUUAAAAUGCUGAAUAAAUUAUUUUGAUGUACAACAGAUUGGUCCAAACAGGUCAUAAUUUCAAAACUCUUAACAUAGUCAGUGAAACAGAAGUAUGUGUGGACAAAACUGUGAAUAAUU